GCACAGGAGGUGAGAGCAUGCCCGCGUUCCGGGUGCUUGUGGAGGAGGGCAAUGGCUCCGUGCGCGAGCUCGAGGCAGUGCAGCUCUCGAACAAGUUCCCCAUCAUCGGGAACCAGGUCCGGCUCGGCUCCAAGAUUGGUGUUGACGACUGGGACCGGUAUGUGCUGCGGCGCGAGAGCGCCAACGGUGCCAGGAUCGAUUUGAAGAAGACAACAAAGCAGCUGAAGCUGAAGAAGGGCAUGACUCUGUACGUGCAGGCGGCGCCGAAUCCUGGCGGACAGGCCGCCGCCGAGGCUGCUGGCGACGUCAAUGGACCGCAUGUGCGCGAGACGGCGGCGAGCAAGCCGGCGGCCAAAGAUGGUGCGGCCAAGAGUAAGGCGACCAAGACGGGAAAGAAGAAGAAAACCACCACGGGCACUGGCAAGAGCGGCGAGGUGACUGAAAAGACUAAGGUGCUUGAAGAUGGGACCGUGGUCAAGGUUGUGGUCAAGCGCAAGCGCAAGGCUGCCACCGCGUCCGCGACUGAAGAUGCGGCCAAGCCCAAGAGCGCCGAGACCAAGACCAAGACCAAGGUUGUGGUGAAGAGACGCAAGAAGCGGGUAGCAUCAGCGCCCGCCGAGACGACGGCCACAGACACCACAGGCGCUGAAGAGCUUGUCAAGCAGCGCAAGGAGGAGCGGAUUAAGCGGCGCGAAGCGCGGGCCAAGUCCCAGAACGGGACCGACGAUGCCGAGACAAUGCGCAAGGCGCGUGUGGCGGCGCGCAAGGCAAAGCGUGAGGCUGAGGCCAAGCGGCGCGAGGAGGCUGAGGCACAGGCUGAGACUGAACGCAAGGCACGCCGUGCCAAGCGUGAGGCCGAUCGCAAGGCCGCGGCCAAGCAGCGCGAGGAGGAGGAUGCCAAGGCUGAAGCCGAGCGCAAGGAACGCCGGGCAAGGCGCGAGGCUCAGCGCAAGGCCGCCUCAGCCGAGGCUAGGGCGGCUGCGCAGCGGAAGGAGGAGGAGGGGACUGCGCGACAGCGCGAGGAGGUUGAGCGCAAGCGGAAGGCUGAGAAGGAGGCUGCUGCUGAGCGCAAGCGCAUGGAAGAAGAGAAGGCCGCCGCCGCCGCCGAGCGGAAGCGAGAGGAGGAGGCCAGACGCAAGGCAGAGGAGAAGGCUGCUGCUGAGCGCAAGCGCAAGGCUGAGGAGGAGGCCGCCGCUGCCGCCGCCGUCGAGCGGAAGCGAGAGGAGGAGGCCAGACGCAAGGCAGAGGAGAAGGCUGCUGCUGAGCGCAAGCGCAAGGCUGAGGAGGAGGCCGCCGCCGCCGUCGAGCGGAAGCGAGAGGAGGAGGCCAGACGCAAGGCAGAGGAGAAGGCUGCUGCUGAGCGCAAGCGCAAGGCCGAGGAGGAGGCCGCCGCCGCCGCCGCUAACCAGAAGCGCAUGGAGGAGGAGGCCAGGCGCAAGGCUGAGAAGGAGGCUGCCGCCAAGCGCGAGCGCAUGGAAGAAGAGAAGGCCGCCGCCGCCGCCGAGCGGAAGCGAGAGGAGGAGGCCAGACGCAAGGCAGAGGAGAAGGCUGCUGCUGAGCGCAAGCGAAAGGCCGAGGAGGCCAGGCGCAAACGCAAGGCCGAUGAAGAGAAGGCUGCUGCGGAUGCCGCCGCCGAGCGCAAGCGCAAAGCAAAGGAGACCAAGACCAAGGCCACACGCGCAUCCACGGCACCCGCCCCAUCGUCACCACCACCGGCGGCAAAGUCGUCGCGCGUCACGGGUCCGGCAUCGCCGGCCGACCCGAACGCAUGUCGCAACUGCAAGAAGAGGAUGUACCCUGCCGAUCCACAGGUCAACGUUGGCAAGAAGAAGUUCCACAAGACUUGCUUCCUCUGCGCCGAGUGCGGCAAGCGCCUGACGCCGACGACAUACCAGGCCGAGGACGACAUUAUUUUCUGCAAGCGCCACGCCAACGACUACAUCCGCAAUGGGCGCAAGGCCGACGAGGCCCGCGCCGCCAACGCCGCCCGCUUUGAAGAAAAGGUGCGCAAGGCCGAGGCGCAGCGCAAAGCAUCGAUUGUCGAUCCAUCUACCACCAAGCGCGACAAGGAUGCGUGCCCGACGUGCUCCAAGAAGGUCUACAUCGCCGAUCCGCAAGUCCCGGCCGAGGGUUACAAGUACCACAAGACUUGCUUUGUGUGCUCAUGGGACAAGUGCGGCAAGGUCCUCACUGCUCGCACUUACGAGCGCCUUGACGACUUGCUCUUUUGCAAGCGCCACCUAUCCGACUACCAGCGCGCUGGCCGUCCCAACCGAAAGUCGACGACGACGUGGUCGCGAACCCGUCCGACCGCCGCCGACAACGCCGCUAAGGCUCGCGCUUCUCCGCCGAUCGCGUCUGGCGGCUCCAAGGUCGAGCUCAAGACGUCUGCAAAUGGGCCCACAAAGUUUGAUCCCAAGGCCCUGCUCGUCAAGCGUCGUGUGACCCAGCACACAUUCAACGACUCGUCUGUCGAGCUUGCCAAGAAGGGUGAUGGCACGUUCAACGUCGGCUCGGUCCUCCGUAAGGCCAAGGCCGACAAAGAGCCUGUUCUCAUGCGCAUCAAGGGUAAGCGCCAGCCGUUUGCCGUGUAUAUGCCGGUCGAGCCGGCCUCGCUCAACUCGGGCGACUCGUUUGUUCUUGACCUCGACACGACCCUGUUCGUCUUCAAAGGCCGUCGCUCCAACCGCCUCGAGAAGGUCACUGCCAUGCGCGUGGCGACCCGUAUCCGCGACAAGGAGCGCUCCAUGCGCGCCACCAUCCACGAGAUCGACCAGGGCUCCUCCGACCGCGAUGUGAGCAACCUGCCGUUCUGGACCACCAUCGGCGGCAUGUCGCCCGACAGCGUGGCCCCGCCCGACUCGGCACCCGACGACGCCACCUACGAGGCCGAAGUCAACGCCGUCACCGUCCUCUACCGCGUCGCCGCCGACGGCAGCCUCGAAUCGGUCUCCACCGGCCGGCUCGACGCCUCGCCCUUGGGCGACAACGACGUCUUUGUCCUCGACUCGCCGCACGAGGUUUACGUCUGGCUCGGCCGCAAGACGCCGUCAGCGCUCCGUAACGUCGGCGUUGACGCCGCCAACAGGCUCAUCGCCGACCGCACGCCGGCUUCACCGGCCUGGCUCAAGCCCCAGACCAUCAAGCAGAACACCGAGACAACUUUGUUCAUCGAGAAGUUCUCCACAUGGGGCGAGGGCAUGUCCAUCGCCAACAACAACGCCAAGUACGUGCUCUCCGCCAAGGAGGUCGCCGCCCUUAAGGCUAAAGAAGAGGCCGAGCGCAAGGCCCGUGCUGCCGAGCGCGCCCGCAAGGAGGCCGAGGAGGCCGAGCGCAUGAAGGAUCCAGCCUACCGCGCCCGCAAGGAGGCAGAGGCCGCAGCUGCCGAGCAGCGCCGCAAAGAGGAGGCCAUCAAGCGUCGCCAGCGGCUGCAGCACCGCGCCACCACCGGCGCCAGCAGCUCUCGUAUCAAGGACCUCCAGUCCAAGCUCGCUCUCGAUGUCAGCAAGAUGGACCCGUCGCGUGCCGCUCCCAAGCCGGGCCAGGCCCGCGCUCUCGCCGCCGUUGAUCGUGACGCGCGCAACGCUGUCGCCACCCCGUCAGCCUCGGCUGCUGCAGGCCUCGCCGCCAUCAUGACUGGCGGUGCGCCGGGCGGAGCCCUGCCGCGCAAGCGCGUCUCGGCCGCCCAGCAGGCCGCCAUCGACGCCCAGAAAACAGGCACAACCGAGCGCCUGACCACGCCGGCAAAGGCUCGCCCGGUCGGUCCGGCCGCAUCGCGGCGCGGCCGCAAGCGCCCAACUCGCGUGGCGGUGUUCGGCGGCUUUGUUCGCGGAGGCGCUGCGUGCAACGAGGUGUGGGUCGGCCGGCCGGGCGCCUGGCGCUGCCUGUACUCGCCGCCGACGCUGGGCCUAGACCACCGGGCCCAUCUCGACAAGCUCAUGGCCAUGCUGCGUGGUCCGCGGCCGGCAGCAGCAGAGGUGCGGGCGUGGCUGGCCGAUCCGCUCGCUGACGGCGGCGCCACCGCCAACGUGACCGCAGGCGGGCGGCUGGCACUGGUGGUGGCGCUCGCCAAGGAAAGCCCGGCGGCAGCUGCGGUUCUGGCUACUGCCCAAGACAUCUCGCUCGAUGCCGUUGACGCCGACGGGGUCUCGCCGCUGCAGGCUGCCAUGGCCUCGCCGCAUGUCGAGCUUGCGCAAAUCGUCGCCGCACGCGCCGCACACGCCGCCCUUGCUGCUACGAGCGACGCGCCUCCGGAUGCUCCGACAUCACGGACGGCGGCCGCGGCUGCUGUCUCACCCGAGGGUGUGCUGUAUGUGUGUGGCGGACGCGAGGUUGUUGAGAGGCGGAUGAGCGUGCACGCCUUUGACCUCGCCCGGGGCGUCUGGCUGCCAAUGCCGCGGGCGACACGUGACUCGCCGCGGAGCGUGGCUGGAGCUCGGGCACUGUACUUUGCGCCGCUCGACUCGGUAUUUGUUCUCGGGGGACGAUCUGUCAUUGCCGAGGCAAGCGAUGCCGGCGGGGUGUGGCGGCUCUCGCUGCGCACCCACGAGUGGCGCCGGGUCGAGCCUGCAAGCUCGUCAUGGGACACACCACAGCUCUCUGACUAUGCGCUCAUCUAUGUCGAGCGGCUAGGAUUGGCGAUUCUGAGUGGUGGAAUGGAUAGCACGACCGGCGUACCGAGUAGAAACGUGUAUGUAUUUGUUCCAUGGGACGGAACACUUCACAAGCUCGACGCUGCCGAGCUCCCAGUCGGCAUCAUGCGGCAUGCGGCGUGGAUUGAUGGAUCGUCACUGGUGGUCGCCGGCGGCGUCUCCAGUGACGGCGAGCCGUACCGGAGUUCGGCGAUGCGGGUCUCGCUGGUCGAUGCUGGCGGCGGAGUGUCGAGCAGCGACAGCGCACAAAGCGAGGCGUCUGCUGCAGUGGCGUGUGCCCUCGCGGGGCUUCGGGACGCCGGGCUUGUGCGCCUCGAUGCGACGGGCGAGAUGGUGGCGGUGUUUGGCAAACGGGCGAGCGGAUACGUCGAGGCGGACGCAAAUGCGGACCUGGUCCUGGCCGCCCCACCCGUGGACGAGGCCAUCCUGGCCACCCUGCAGCGGCAUGCUGGAAGCCAGGGCGCAGUGUUUGGAUGUGGCAUGGCCGGACACAUGCAGCUUGGCCUUGAUCUUGAGCUCGGCAUGAUGGUGGGCGCACCAAGCCGCGUCGGCCACCUUCCACCUGUCCGCGCGAUCUUUGCAAACGGCGUCGCGUCGUUUGCGCUUGACGCCGCGAGCGACAACGUCUACAUGUGGGGUGCCAACUGUUGUGAGACAGCCACACUCGUUCCGCAUCUACGUGGCAAGCUUAUCUCUAGCAUCGGCGUCGGCGUGGUGUUUGCCGUGGCGGCAUCGGCAGCAAGUGGGCGGGUCUACACGCUCGGAACCUCAAUCACCGGAUCACUUGGUGCAGCGCAGCAGCUCUCUCCGGAUGCAUGCGAGCUGACUGAUUGUCCGUGGCGCCCGGCCGGGGUGAACCACGUCGACGCGGGCGCGCUUCAUGCGCUGCUCCUCGACUCGGAGGGGCGUGUUUGGUCGUGGGGCGAGAAUCCGCGAGGGCAGCUGGGCCGAGGCGGCGAUCCUACAAGCCCGGCUCUUGUGGAGAUCGGAACACGUGUCGCCGCUAUAGCUGCCGGUGCGACACAUUCUGUGGCGCUCUCCAGCGACGGGCUCGCGGUCUACGCUUGGGGCAGCCGUGACGCGCUCGGAUUGGAGGCACACACCGUCGAGCCGCUCGCGCUGGAGAUUCCAGACGAGCUAGCACUGCCCGUGACACACGUAGCGGCUAGUGAGGCAUCAAUCAUGCUCAUCGAUGCUCGCGGUGCCUUGUUUGCCUGUGGUAACCCCACAAACGGUCGGCUGGGUGUGGGCGAGGUCGAUGCUGGAGUGACCGCCCUAGCCCUACAGCGGGUGACAGGCCUCGACGGUGUCAAGGUGGUCAAGGUGGUGGGCAACGGAGCGUAUGGCUAUGGCCAUUGCUGUGCACUGGCAGACGACGGGCGGGUCUUUGUCUGGGGAUCAAACGCGCAGGGUCGCCUGGGUCUCGGAAGCCAAGCGCCCGGCGUGGUUUGGACGCCAUGUGAGCUGGCAUGGGCAAGUGCACCCGGGAGCGUUUCGGUGACUGAUAUUGCAGCCGGCGGAGCGCAUCUGCUGCUGGCGACCGAGACCAGACACGCAGCUGCAUGCCCGGAUCCCGACAAGGGGAAGGAGGAGGCAGAGGAGGCGGGGCCGCUGGGCCCGCUCCUGGGCCAGCUCCCGACCGAGCUUCUGUUCCUCAUCGUAGAUGAGUCCAGUCUGGCCAGUAUGCUGGCGCUCGGCGCAACGUGCCGGGCAAUGGCGGCGAUUGUCGACGACCCUCUGCUGUGGCGGCGGCGGAUGGCGACAACGGCGUGGCCGGAUGGCGAAACGGUCCGUCACGCCAUGCUCGAGUACGAGGCGCGCUACGGCGGGGCCUUCAACACGCCGUGGCGGACAAUUUUCCGCGAUGCGUACAUUGAGGCGUUCAACCCGCGGUACCACGACCGACAGACGCUGGCGCGACGGCGAGCUGGGGCGCCGAGUACGGGUCUGGCCGACAGAGUCGGGUGGUUCAAGUCGAUGGUUCGCAAGACGCUUGGUCUGGCGCCGACUAAGCGGGAUUCGUGUUUGUUUGUCGGCCUAGAUGCUGCAGGCAAGACUUCGCUCUUGUACCUUCUCGCGAGAGGAGAGCUUAUUAUGACUAUUCCGACCAUCGGCUUCAACAUCGAGGAUCUCAAGGUACCCGCCGCCGGUGUGCUGACAUGCUGGGACACCGGUGGAUGCGAUCGGAUCCGCCCGCUUGUGCGGCACUAUCUCGUCGGCACUGGUGUGGUGGUCCAUGUUGUGGCGGCCCAAGACGAGCGGCUAGUCGAGUCUGUCGACGAGUUCCACAGCUUUACGCUCAUGGCGGAAGCACUCGAGCCGCGGGUCAAGGUCGUGGUGGCGGUCCGCCAGCCUCCACCGGACCACCCACAGCCGCCGCGCUACAGCAUGGAUGACAUCCGCAGUACGCUCCUGGCACGGUCGGCCAUCGACCAGCUCCCGUGGCGAAUGGUCGAGUGGUCGCACCAGGACGUGUCGCAGGUGUGGGACGCCCUGGCUUGGGCAAUGGAGUGAGGCUUGCCGUGCGAAAAAGGCUGUCAGGCCGAUGUGGGAGAUGUUCGAUAAUCACACGCUUCCCGCCCUCACUACUCACACCCCAUGCUUCCACACAGCAGGAUAAAGACGUACCAACA